AUGGCGUUCCAGCAGUCUCCUCUCCUCAAGUUCGAGGCCUCACCAGCCGAAUCAUUUCUCUCCGCUCCCGGCGACAACUUCUCAUCACUCUUCGCCGACUCUUCAUCAAUACCAUCAACUCUCAACCCCAAGGAAAUGAUGACCCCAGACUCAUUCGCCGAUGACCGGCUCGACUCUCGUCUGUCUGCCAUCCCCGAGUCACCAGAGGCCGACAACGAUGACAUGGACAUGGCCGCCACAGAACACUCAUCAUCAGAAAAGAAGCCCGUUAAGAAGAGGAAAUCAUGGGGCCAGGUCCUUCCUGAGCCCAAGACCAACCUCCCUCCUAGAAAACGAGCCAAGACUGAAGAUGAAAAGGAACAGCGCCGCGUUGAGCGUGUUCUUCGGAACCGCCGCGCUGCGCAGUCAUCACGAGAGAGGAAGAGGCUCGAGGUUGAGGCUCUCGAGAAGCGCAACAAGGAACUAGAGACGCUUCUCCACAACGCCCAAAAGACAAACCUGAUCCUGGUCGAGGAGCUCAACCGCUUCCGACGCAGCUCCGGUGUCGUCACCCGCUCAUCCUCUCCCCUCGACUCUCUCCAAGACAACAUCACACUAUCUCAACAACUAUUCGGCUCACAAGAUGGCCAAAACAUUACCACUGAACAGUCCUUGAUGGACCAGAUGAUGCGCUCCGCGGUCAACCCCACCGUGAACCCCGCCUCUCUCUCACCCGCACUCACCCCCAUCCCCGACGAGAAAUUCCCCCACGAAGAGGAAGAGCAAGAAGAGGAAGCUGAGGAGGAGGAGAAGAACAGCCAACAGACCGUCUCCACUGAUUCGACACAACGUCCUGCAGAGAUGUUCUCACUUCUCGCUUCGCCCAACUCCUCAACUCUUGACGACGAUUAUAUGGCUGGUGACUCUGCCACCUGCUUCACGAAUCCUCUCCCCUCCGACUACGACUUCGACAUCAACGACUUCCUCACAGACGACGCAAACCACGCCGCCUAUGACAUUGUGGCAGCGCGCAACUAUGCCGCUGCGGACCACGAGCUCGACCUCGAGAUCCACGACCUUGAGACUCAAAUCUCUUCGGACCAUCCUAUCCAGCAGCCCCAGUCUGGCGCGUCCUCUCUUGGAUGCGACGAUGGAGGCAUUGCGGUUGGUGUCUGA